AUGAAAAUUAUAAGACAGGGCUUAGUUGAAUCUAAGUUAGAUAUUGAAAUUCAAAGAAAAGAUCCCAAUUCUCCUCUGUAUUCUGUCAAAACAUUUGAAGCAUUACAUUUGAAGCCUAAUUUACUAAAAGGCGUCUAUGCAAUGGGUUUUAAUGCUCCUUCUAAAAUCCAAGAAACGGCUUUGCCUACACUCUUAGCUGAUCCACCACAGAACAUGAUUGCACAAUCUCAGUCAGGAACAGGUAAGACUGCUGCAUUUGUAUUAGCAAUGUUAACUAGAGUAGAUCCCACAAAGAAUUACCCUCAAGUGCUCUGUUUGAGUCCCACAUAUGAACUUGCUAUACAAACAGGAGAGGUUGCAGCCAAAAUGGCAAAAUUCUGUCCAGAAAUUAAACUGAAAUAUGCCGUAAGAGGUGAGGAGGUACCUAGGGGUACUAAGCUCACAGAUCAUAUUGUUAUUGGAACCCCUGGAAAAAUGCUUGAUUGGGGUGUAAAAUUUGGUAUGUUCGACAUGAGUAAAAUCAAAGUAUUUGUUCUUGACGAAGCUGAUGUUAUGAUUGAUAGACAAGGGCAUCAGGAUCAGUGUAUUCGUAUACACAAAUGUUUGCCAACAACAUGCCAGAUGAUGUUCUUUUCUGCCACAUAUGGCGCCAAUGUGAUGGAGUUUGCUGAAGUAAUUGUUCCUAAUCCUAUCAUUAUUAGAUUGCUUAGAGAAGAAGAAUCAUUGGAUAAUAUUAAGCAAUACUAUGUAAAAUGCAAAAGUCCUGAAGAGAAAUAUAGAGCUAUUUGUAAUAUCUAUGGAGUAAUAACUAUCGGUCAAGCAAUUAUAUUUUGUCAUACAAGAAAAACUGCUAGUUGGUUGUCAGAAAAAAUGUCGAAGGAUGGACAUUCAGUGGCUGUAUUGUCUGGGGAAUUAACUGUAGACCAGAGAAUAGCAGUACUUGAUCGUUUUAGAGCUGGCCUCGAGAAAGUUCUGAUUACUACCAAUGUAUUGUCCAGAGGUAUAGAUGUAGAACAAGUCACUUUAGUGGUUAAUUUUGAUAUGCCAAUGGAUAUGGACAAGAAAGCUGACUGUGAAACGUACCUACACAGAAUAGGACGAACUGGGCGAUUUGGUAAAGCUGGUAUUGCAAUUAAUUUAGUGGAUUCAACUCAAGCAAUGGAUAUUUGCAAAGAAAUUGAAAGCCACUUUGGCAAAAAGAUACAACUUCUUGAUAUUGAAGAUGCUGAAGAAAUUGAAAAGAUUGGUGCAUAA